GAAGUGCACACGUGGACAAGUAAUAUGGAUAUACAAGCAUAAUACAUAAAAUAGGAAAAAAACACAUGGAUGCGUGUCUAUGGACAUGAUAGUUAUGACAGGAAUCUGUCAGCCUCGUUAAUGGGAGGGAGAUUUUAGUGUGGCUGAUUUUUACUUCCUGUUCACUCGCACGUCACAGCUGGUCGUCUCCAGUCCGACCUGGCAAUUUUCGUUUUAGAAAGAAAGUUGUAACCACGCCGCAUCUGAUCGGCCGGUCGAGUGGAUUUUUCUGUAAUCAACGAUGAAGACGAAAAGAAAGAGGAACGUUUCUAGUAAACAGAAUGACAGGAACCACAGCGGCUCUGAUUCCAAUGACGAGGGUAACAUGGAAGACAUAUUCACUGAUGAAAUUAAUGACUUUACUCAAGCCAGAAAUAAAAUUGAGCUGGGUGCAGUACUGAAGGACAGUGAUGAAGAGGAGGAGCUCUUUGCUUUGGCCAGCGACGAGGACGACAGUGAUGAGGAGAUCAAUGAGUGGUCCAAACGUCUCAAACAGGUCAAGUUUCAAGCUCGACUCGACAAGAAGAAGAACCUGUCAGAUGCUCCUGAGAAGUCUUGGGGUCAGAAGCGAGCAGAUUUCUAUGGAUCUGGAGUACGGAGGAAACCUAAAGAAGCUGAGAACGAGGAGGAAGAUGAGUGGCUCAUGGAAGCCAGGGAGAUCGAGAAGUUGCAGCAGAAGAUGGAUGAGGAAAUGGACGAGGAAGACUUUCUCGUAACUGGCCUGGGACAGAAGGCUGCCAAAUCCAAGAGUGGUGACUUGAAGGUGAAACGAGAUUUGUCAGAAAAAUACAAAAUGGAGCUACAGCAGCAGCAUUACCCACAGAUGGAGCCCCUGAGGGCAGAGCUCAGCACAUGUGCUCGGAGCCCACAUAGCCUUCUACCUUCAUUUACUGGAGACAGGGCAAGACACGCGUGGCCAUCCGGUGCUCCCGCGACUUUUGCAGUGGAAAAAGCUGGCCAAGGUGUACGAGAGUUUCCCCCCAGACUGGUUGGUGGACAGUGAGGAGGAGGGCCCAGGAGAUGCCGAAGACACCCGCGGCGUGACAGCCACUGGAGAUCCACACAGUUCCAGGGUGAGGGUGGAUGCUGACUCUGGGGAUAGUGAGGAGGAGAGAGAUGAUGACAUCAUGGAGGAAGAUGAGACUGCAGAGCUACAGAACCGUCCCGUGACAUAUGAGAUCGAGAAGAACAAAGCUAAAAAGAAGACAGCUCCCAACAACCCUCGUGUCAAACACAGAGAGAAGUUUCGCAAAGCGAAGAUACGCCGGAGAGGAAAGAUUCGUGACUACAAGCCGGAGCUGGUGAAGUACAGGGGAGAGGCAUCUGGGAUACGCUCAGGGAUUGUGCGCAGUAUGCGACUGAAGUGACCUUAACGCAAGGGACCUUUGGCUCUUGCGGGGAUGUGUGACGGAGAAGUGCGAGUGUGUGGAUGUUUCUAUCUGCAGUGAUACUGCUACUUUUGUGUGCGAACUACAAAUAAUAAAAGCAUGGUUUGAUUGCCUGACAAACACACUCAA